AUGUCCCAUCUUCGACCCAGGCUGUGUGUGCUCGAGAAGGGACCCAAUGGCUACGGGUUCCACCUGCACGGGGAAAAAGGCAAGACCGGGCAGUUCAUCAGGCUCGUGGAGGCGGACACUCCCGCCUCCGAGGCCGGGCUCCUCGCGGGCGACCGACUCAUGUUCGUCGACGGGGAGAACGUGGAGGGCGAGAGCCACCAGCAAGUGGUCGCCAGGAUACGGGCGACGGUCGGGGCGUUGGAACUUAUUGUCGUUGACCCCGAGACGGCGGAGCUGCUGAGGGAGCACAACCUGCUGUGCCGGAAAGAAUUCGUCACGGAGGGGAUUCCCCUGCCCGGCGGGGACAGCGUCUCGGAGCACGGCGACUCGCAGAGCAACGGCACCCCGAGGGAAGCCAGUCCAGUCCCGCGAGAGAACGGGGAUGCCUCCUCAGAGAGGUCCGGGAGGUUGAGUGUCAGCUCCAGCACCAAGGAGGAGAGAGAAGGCCCGCGGCCUCGCCUCUGCCACUUGAAGAAAGGCCCCACUGGCUACGGCUUCAACUUGCACAGCGAGAAGUCCAAACCGGGGCAGUUCAUCAGAGCCGUGGACGACAACUCUCCGGCCUCCAGAGCCGGCCUCCGGCCGCAGGACAAGAUCAUCCAGGUGAACGGCGUGCUGGUGGCCGGGAUGCAGCACUCGGAGGUGGUGGCCGCCAUCAAAGCCGGCGGGGACCAGACCCGGCUGCUGGUGGUGGACUCCGAGGCCGAGGACUUCUUCAGGAGGUGCAACGUGGCGCCCGGCGAGGAGCACGUCAGCGGAUCUUUGCCUGAGCCCGUUUCAGCGAGAGCAUCAGAGGAGGAGGCUCCAGCAGAGAUGAGGCCCAAAGCCUCCGUUAGCUCUUCAGCCUCCAACGCUUCAUCCAGCUCCUCCCUGGCAGCACGCAGCUCCCCGCCUCCACAGCUGAGGAGGACCCCCGAGCCUGAGCCGGCGGCCGACAGCCUGGGCCUGGGCCUGGGCCUGGGCCUGUCUCUGGCCCAGGCCAAAGAACGAGCCCACCAGAAGCGGGCCGCCAAGAAAGCCCCGCCCAUGGACUGGAGCAAGAGGAACGAGCUGUUCAGCAACUUAUAA